CAUUAGUGGCCCAUUGGGACAGGCCCUGAGAGAUACCAACGGUAACGGGGCGCAUGGCGACAAAAUAGGCUCGCGGACAAAGAAGUACGGUGAAGGAGAAUCAGAAAAACGCCACGAGGGCGGAUGGUCCCCCCAUGCGCCCUGACACCAGAGUCUGACGAUGCGCCACGUGGAGGCGCCUGGACGUUGGACCAGACCAGGCAUUUAAUGCGUGACUGACGAAAGGCUUUGUGACAGAAGUUGGUCGGAGCCUGGUCGAGGGGUUCGAGUAGUAUAAAUAGCGCUCGGUAGGUGGCAUUUACUGAGGGCGGUUUCUCUCACUAAAUCAUUAUUUCUUCGCUUAUCUCUCUAGAACUAGCACUGACUUGAUCGUCGGAGUGCUAACGAGUGGCUACAGCCCUCUAGGCGCUAGUUUUGCAGGGUCUAAGCGCCUGCGGUGUGGUGGUUAGGGUGCGAUUGGAGGAGGGAAGCAUCCGGGCAUCAACAGUUUUCAAGUCAUUGCUAAGCUGACCUGUGUCAUUAUUCUCUGUAAAAUGUUCUUCCUACCAACAAUGAAAGCUGUGUUAUUAUAGUGUAUAUUUAUUGUUGAGUACGUGAUAGCAAUGGGGCGGGUCGGGGUGGGUACCUCAAUAUUCAUGUCCCGCCCUAUGCUACUACGGGUCGGGGCGGGUAAUACCCUCGUGGGUACGGGACGGGGCGGGUUGAUCCACUCUUGUUUUUUGAAAAAAUACACGAAUUUUUUUUACCUUUUAGGAUAAAACGAAGGGGAAAAUGCUUCAUGAAUGAAUAAUAGUUAUAAUAUAAUGGGCAAUUGAGUCUACUUGGUUGAAAAAUCAAGUCUAACUAGUUGAAGAAAAUCCAAAAUAGGAGAUAUAUGAAUGAAUCACAUAAGAAAUUGACCUAGAACGGGUUAAGAACCAGACGGAGCGGGACGGAAGUUGAUACCCAUGUCCCGACUCAUGCUAAUGCGGGUCGGAUACUACCCGCCUCAUCACGAAUCAGAUCAGGUAAUACCCGACGGGGCGGGUUCAAAUUGGCAUACGUCCCUAUGGCAAAAUGGCAAAUCAAUCACGAUUUUAAACCAAAACUACAUAUGUCCAUUGUAAAGAAAAUGUAUUAAACAGUAGUUUCACAAAAUAAUACACACAAAAAAAAAAGACAUGCAGGGCUGCAUAUUAGACAGACCAUCAGACCCUAAAAAUUAGUUGACUUGUAAAAAUCUCCCACAGUUCAAUUUGUGGCAAGGCAAAUCCCCUCUACUCCUGCCUGCCUACAAAUUAGCUUUCUAUCACAUAGCUGCACAGUCUGUAUCCAAAAUUAACACGCCGUUCUUUCUUACAAAAAAGGAAACAAUUAACCGUAAAAAAAAUCUUCUUGCAAUAGUGAUUUUCCUGAUCAAUCACUUUACAGUAAUUGAGGAAAUUCAUGACCAACCCCAUUUCCAAUGUUUCCAUUUCUGUGUUUAUAUAUAUGAAUCUUACCGUCCAAGCAAAGAUCAAGAAGAAGAAAGCUCCAGAAAGAGCUCUGCAAUUCAAAACACAACAAACCCACCACCAAAAAAAAAGUUGCCGUUUCUUUUGAACUUUUGAUCAGAAAUGGGACACAAGAGAGUGAAGAUGGAGCUGAUAAAGAACGAGCGAAACCGAAUCCAGACUUUCAAGAAGCGGAAGGCCAACCUGAUGAAGAAGAUGUCCGAGUUCUCCAUCCUCUGCGGGGUGGACGCGUGCCUGAUCAUGUUCGGUCCGACGAGGACGACCGAGGCCGCGAAAGAGGAGGAGGACAACGAGCUGGAGACGUGGCUCCCGGAUCCGCGAGCUGUCAGGGCAAUGAUCCAGAGGUACAGGACCGCGGAUGGCCCCAAGAGAACCUACCAACUCUCCGAUUACUUCACGGAGAAGAAGAAACGAGUCGACCUCGAGCUGGCCAAGAUCAACAGGCAGAUCUACCGGCACAGGUUCGCUGCCGGAUGGGACUCCAGGCUCGACAGAUUCUCCGCGGAUCAGCUCACCGUCCUGCUGGGUCAGUUGGAUUCCAAGCUCAAACUGGCCGAUAAAAAACUCGCGAGCUUCAGCUCGGCUGAAGCAGCUCGUCGUUGUAAUCAGCUGGAGUUCGAUUUCAGUCCCAUGGUGGUUCAGUUCCCUCCUCUUGUUCCUGCUGCUGUGGUUGGGAAUUCGUACAUUAUGGGCUUCGAUCGGAAUAUUGAGAAAUUGUUACUCUGUAAAGAUUACGUGGAUGUCAGGCAACAGCUGCAGGACAGUAGUUCCAAGUCGGCCCAUCAGCAGGAGCAGGAGCAGCAGCAGAGUUCGUUUAUGGCUUUGUUGAAUGCGAAUUCCUCCGAAGCAAGCAAUGAGAUUCAGUAUAGUAACCUACAUUCCCAAAGUGGGUUACGGCAGCUUUUACCAGAUGUGAACAGCUCCGGUGGUUGUUACUCUGCAGCAGCAGCAGCAGCAGAAGAAGAAUUGAGCCCAAACGAGUUGAGCAAUGUUGGGUACUCGAUCGAUUUCGAGCUUUUCAAUCAUCAUCGUCAAGUGACGAAGCCAGUACCUGACAGCCAAAUGAUGAUGCUGACGAGCUUUGGAGGUUAUGGUCAGGAUUCGGGGACAUACAGUUCGUUUGGUGCUGCUGCUACUUAUCCGAAUCCAUGGGGGAUGGAUUAUGGUGGUGAGUUUGGGAACAAUUAUUCUUCUGAUUGGUCGAUGAUGAGUUACAUGACCCCUCCAUUAAGCACCUUUCAGCAAAUUCUGCAGCAGCCACAUCAGUUGCAGUUUUCGACGACGGCUGCUCAAUUUGCUGCUGCUCAUUACCAUCAUGGCCAGUUUUCUCAGCAAUUGGAUGGUGAUGAUGGUGGUAGCUCUGGGUUUAACCAGAAGUGAAGUGCAAUGGUUUCUUGGUGUCAUAGGCUCUUGUGCUUUCUCUGGAAUCCAUAGUCUUUCAAGAGUAUCUAGUAGAUGAUAAUGAACUGUCAAGCUAAUUCAAUUUCUCAUUGCAAGUGUGCUUAAUAGGUUUUCCAAUAGAAUUAGAAACGCAUUUUUUUCGACAUUCUGUUUUUUAGUUUUUUUUCAUAGAUAUUCUCAUGGAACAAAAUGAUACAAAAUAAUAGUAUUUUGUAAUAGUGUUGGGGCUCCUGAUAUUAUACAGAUUACUGAUUGUUAAUUAGUUAUAAUAAUGAUUCAAUCAUGACCAUUAAAACAUUAUUUCAAACAAUGACGCUUUGAAAAGCUCCUUGGGAACUUUAAGCAGAAUAAAACUCAAUACUUGAAACAGAAAUAUAAGCCAGGGGAAGAGUACUAACCUUCGGCAUUUCCCCGCUUCCUCAUCUGUCUGAAAUGAUGUCAGAAACAAGCUCGCUCUGCUGUUUGCCGGAGGUCGAGCGGGCAGAUCAUCAGGAACAUCGCCACAGUUUCAAGCAACCUUCUGCCAGCUUUUGUAAUGGUGAUCGACGAAGGAUACUUGCAGCUCAAGAAAUAUGUCAUCACUCAUCACACCUUAAGACCACAGAUACAGGUAGCUGUUGAUUAGUAGGGAUCAGCAGCAGCUCAUCUUUUGCUUUGAUUCAACCUGAGAAAAGUUGUUAGUUUCUUACCUUUUCUUUAUACAUACGGCAGGAUGUGGCAAACUUUCCUGGUGGUGUACUCUGCAUGGCCAUCCAUCUUUGAGCUAGCUUUCAUGAAAGCAGCAACUGGGACGCUCUCCCACAUCGAUAUGGCAGUGGAUGCCUUCUUUGAUGUCGACAUUGUCCGCAACUUUCUUUGUGGCUUAUCUUGACAUGACCACUUAUCUUCUCGUCGAUGAUCACAAGAAGAUUGCUGCAAGGUCUUAUAUACAUGUUUAUCUUCUCAUUUCCCUCAUCUUCUUGUCUUCUGAAUGAACAAGCAAUGAAAUAUUGAGGUAUGCAAACAAGAACCUCUGCCUCCUGAAAAGCUUGAAAGAGCAAAUGCUGGCACACAUGCAACUGCAGGAUCUGGGAUGUGACGAGCUACGAGAAUGGUACAGAACAGGUACGUCCACGAAAAAACACUUCCAUUCUCUUGUCAGGAAAUUCUCAAUUCUCAAAGAACAUCUAACUCAUAAGUUUGUGGUGAACAGCUACAGAAGAACCCACUUGUACUGAGCGUGAUUAACAAUAGAAACAAUCCAUGAAAAGACUACAUCUGAUAAGAGCAAAAGUGGCCCAAAAACACAGACAAUUCUGCCAAAUAGUCUUUGACUCUGAAAAGUUGCGAUCCCCACCCUCCAGAACUUGCAUUCUGCAGCAGCAAAACAAAAUGCUGAUCAGCAUAUUAAAUUCUAAAAAUAAUG